AUGAGUCCAUGGCUAGCGACAGUAGCCGAGCCUCCACCUAUUUUAAAUGGAAACGAAUUGGAGGCGUCUUUCGAAACGAUGUCAGAUAUUCCGCCAAUGUAUUUUGGAACGGAAAAUAGUACGAUGGUCACAUCACAAAUAGGUUCUACAGCCCUGGUGCCAUGUGCGGUACAUCACAUAGGAGAAGGAAUGGUUUCUUGGAUAAGACGUAAAGAUUAUCAUUUGCUCACGGUGGGUUUGACGACUUAUUCAAGUGAUGAAAGAUUUUCAGCAAUACAUCUACAACAUUCUGAGGAUUGGACACUUCAAAUAAAAUUCGUUCAAGCAAGAGAUGCUGGAAUUUACGAGUGCCAAGUAUCGACGCACCCUCCAACGAGUAUAUUUAUACAUCUCAAUGUUGUGGAGGCGAGAGCAGAAAUAUCAGGCCCGACCGAGAAGUACCUAAAACUAGGCUCCACUCUCCGACUGGCCUGCUCCGUGGUCCAGAGUACGGAACCGCCGAUCUACGUCUUCUGGUACCACAACAAUCGGAUGAUAAAUUACGAUGGCGACCGCGGCGUCAACGUCACCACCGAGCUGGCGCUGAAACACAGCGCCCUGGUGGUGACCACGGCGACGCCCAGACACACGGGCAAUUACAGCUGUGUGCCCAACAAUGCGCUGCCGGCCAGCACUUAUGUGCACAUUCUGAAUGUUCAAAUUAUUUCAACAAAUAGCGAACAUAACUCACUAUUUAGCAUAGUUGAGCGUUUAUAUGAUGUAGCCCUUAUUCGCGAUUCUAAUGAAAUACUCCAAUACCGCGAAUUUACAUAUAGAUGA